UUUCUUUUUCAUAUCUCGCUUUCCCUCAUUUUCUUUCCAUUUCCCUUUCGUUUUCCUUUUCUAAUGCCAGGAAAAUGAGGGAAAAUCUUUUUCUACAUUAUUAAUUUCCUUAUACGUCAAAAAACCCAGUUAAACCCGAAAGCAAAUCCGAAUCUUUAUCAACUUUGUUUUCCUAUAUGGAAAAUUCCUGGUAAAGAUAAAACAACAAUUCUGGAUUAACAUCUUGACGUUGACUCUGUCUCCUCUUCUUGAUUUCUUCUUCUCCGUCUCUUUUCAAUUUUUCUUUUUGUUUUUCAUUAUUCCAAGCUAUCACCCUAUUUUUUAUAUACAUAUCUUUCGUAUUAGUUGUUGAAUUUUUCAAUUUUAAAGAUUGUUUAUAAUACAGGAGUUUCAUUGAGUUUUCUUGUAAUAAAAAUUGAUUGAAAAAAAAAAUUGUGGUUUUUGGCGAGAGAGAGUUAUAAGGCUUUUUAUUGAUUUUAUUAUUUUAAUCUUUUUGUUUGAUAUAUAGUUAAAGCUGUAUUUAUUAGAUUGGAGGAGUUUGUGAUUGGAGAUAUAGUUAAAAGGGUUUGAAUUCGAUGUGUUCACUUCAAAAUCAACUACCCUUUACCAAGAAAACAAAUGGGAUUUUCUCAAACCUUUGACAGAGAAAAGAAGCAGAAGAAAAGAUUGUAGUUUUAAUUCAAAUGGGAAAUAUUUGUGUUGGAGGAACAGCAACAACAAAAGCUUCACCACAUCCAGUUUGGUGGCUAAGGCCAUCAACAGAUUGCACAAAUUGCUUCUUCUUUACUAAAUAUUCCAAGAAAGAAGGAGAAGCGAUUAAAGAAGAAGAAGCAAUUAAAGAAUUGCACCUUACAGAUUCAAAAGACCAAGAAUCUCCUUUACAAGUUCAAACCAAGCCGCCAGAGCAAGUCAAGAUAAUUGAAAAAGAUGUUAUCAUUAGCCAACCACCAAAACAUGAAGAACAGUCACCAUUGCCACCGGAACCGAUAGCAAACCCCAAACAAACGACAACGCCAACACAAACACAAGAACCAAAACCUGCAGUUCCUUCAAAACCAAGAAAGCCUCAUAAUGUAACAAGACUAUGCAGCGCAGGGCUAAAAGCAGAAUCGGUGUUGAAAACAAAAACAGGCCAUUUAAAAGAGUACUAUAACUUAGGAAGAAAGCUUGGAAAUGGACAAUUUGGUACCACAUUUCUUUGCAUAGAGAAAGGGACAGGAAAAGAGUAUGCAUGUAAGUCUAUUGCAAAAAGAAAAUUAGCCACACCAGAAGAUGUAGAGGAUGUGCGAAGAGAAAUUGAAAUAAUGCACCAUUUGUCGGGGCAUUCGAAUGUUGUUACGAUUAAGGGAGCUUAUGAAGAUGCUGUUGCAGUUCACGUUGUAAUGGAAUUGUGCGCUGGAGGUGAACUUUUCGAGAGGAUAGUCAAGAGAGGACAUUAUUCUGAAAGACAAGCCGCCCAACUUACAAGGACUAUAUUUGGAGUUGUAGAAGCUUGUCAUUCUUUAGGAGUUAUGCAUAGAGACCUUAAGCCUGAGAAUUUUCUUUUUAUUAAUGAUGAAGAAGAUUCGCCUCUCAAAGCAAUUGAUUUUGGAUUAUCAGUUUUCUUCAGGCCUGGAGAAAGUUUCAGUGACGUUGUUGGAAGCCCAUACUAUGUUGCGCCUGAAGUUCUAAAAAAGCGUUAUGGUCCUGAAGCAGACGUUUGGAGUGCAGGAGUCGUGGUUUACAUUCUCUUAAGUGGGGUUCCCCCAUUUUGGGCUGAAUCUGAGCAGGGCAUAUUCGAUCAAGUACUGAAGGGUGAUUUGGAUUUCACAUCAGAGCCAUGGCCUAAAAUCUCUGAAAGUGCCAAGGAUUUAGUUAGAAGAAUGCUUGUGAGAGACCCAAAAAAGCGAAUUACAGCCCAUGAAGUUCUCUGUCACCCUUGGGUUCGAGAAGAUGGGGUGGCUCCAGAUAAGCCUCUUGAUCCUGCAAUCUUAAGCAGGUUAAAACAUUUUUCUGCAAUGUACAAGCUAAAGAAAAUGGCCCUUAGGAUUAUUGCAGAGAACCUUUCUGAAGAAGAAAUUGCAGGAUUAACAGAAAUGUUUAAAACGAUAGACACAGAUGGUAGUGGUCAAAUUACUUUUGAAGAACUCAAAGUUGGCCUCAAAAGAUUUGGUGCUAAUCUCAAUGAGUCUGAAAUUUAUGAUCUAAUGCAAGCGGCUGAUAUUGAUAAUAGUGGAACAAUAGACUAUGGGGAGUUCUUAGCAGCCACAUUGCAUCUAAACAAAGCUGAAAGGGAAGAUCAUUUAUUUGCAGCCUUUUCAUAUUUCGACAAAGAUGGAAGUGGUUAUAUCACUCUUGAUGAGCUCCAACAAGCUUGUUUUGAAUUUGGCAUGGAAAAUGUUCACUUAGAAGAAAUGAUUCGAGAAGUUGAUCAAGAUAAUGAUGGUCGGAUAGAUUACAAUGAGUUUGUGAACAUGAUGCAAAAAGGGAAUCCAGAAAUGGGUAAAAAUGGUGUGGAAGGUAGAAAUUAUAGCAUUGGUUUUAGGGAGGCACUUCAAGUUUGUUGACAUAAAAUACUAACAGUGAGGGUUUUGUUUUUUGUUAUCUUUUUCUUUUUAACUUGAUAGACAAUUUCAUUUAAGGAUUAUCAAGUUCUUGUAAAUUAAUAAUUAUUAUAGAUAUGCAUAUUAAUUUCGUUUAAUGUCCAAA